AUGAGUGGCUACGUCGCUAAGGGAGAAAAGGACUACGACGCCUCUGGCGCCCCCAUCACCGCCAAAAUUCACAAGAUUCGUAUCACGCUGACCAGCAGCAAUGUCAAGAACCUCGAAAAGUUCUCUGCCGACUUGAUUAACCGUGCCAAGGACAAGGAACUUCGCGUCAAAGGCCCAGUCAGGCUUCCUACCAAGCCUUGCGGUGAAGGUUCCAAGACCUGGGACCGCUAUGAACUCAAGAUCCACAAGCGUCUGAUUGACCUUCACUCUUCCAGCGAGAUUGUCAAGCAGAUUGUAAGUCCUCAGCUACUAGCCUUGAUACCGCACUAA